UAUCGUCAGGUCUUGGAGAACAUGGCUCAGCUUUGUGCGCCUGUUCCGCGCUCGUCGUCUUCACAAGGUUACCACGGUGGACACCGAGCACCGCCCUGCGCGUCAGAGGACAGAGGAGGGUCCGCCUGCGCGCUCCCGUGCUCCCGGGUGCGCGCCCACCUCCCCGUCUGCCAUCCGAUCCUCCGCCCCGGUCUGUUCGCUGACUCAGUGCCUUAAGCAGCAUCACCGUGCACCUGAGCAGAGGCAGACAGCAUCCCCCCCGCGGACAAAGACUCCAGCCAUGGCUAAAACAGCAACCGCGUACAAAGAGAAGAUGAAGGAGUUGUCAGUCCUCUCCCUCAUCUGCUCCUGCUUCUACCCAGAGUCACGCAACAAGCUCGUGUGUGAGUUUGAAGACAUGGAGGUGAAACCCAUAAACAAGCGGGCCUCAGGCCAGGCCUUUGAGGUGAUCCUCAAGCCUCCUUCUCCAGUGUCAGAUGUGUCCCACAACCUCCCCUCGCCCCCCAAGAGAGAUAUCUCUUUGGAGGACAUUGAGAAGAAACUGGAGGCUGCUGAAGAACGGAGGAAGUUCCAAGAAGCCCAGGUGCUGAGGACUCUGGCGGAGAAGCGAGAGCACGAGAGGGAUGUGCUGCUAAAGGCCAUGGAAGAGAACAGCAACUUCAGCAAGAUGGCCGAGGAGAAGCUCCAGAUGAAGAUGGGGCAGAUCAAGGAGAACCGCGAGGCCCUUCUGGCAGCCAUGAUUGAGCGUCUACAGGAGAAGGAGAGACACGCAGCUGUGGUGCGCAGGAACAAAGAGAUGAAGGAAGAGGUGACAGCAUAAGCUCUCACACAAGUCCUGUGGUCCAUCCAUGUCCCUCCGUCCAGUCCCGUCCCCUGCCCCUGCCCCCCACCCUCCACUGAACAGACCCAACCCAACCCUGGAGGCCGAGAGGUUUUAGGACCUCAUCACCACAUCACAACACACCACACCACCAGUACUCACUACUAUCAGUAUUUUAUCAGUGGAUACAAACAUCAAUAACACUUAUCUUGAGAAUUGAAUGGAUUUGUUGAUUUUCGGGAAAAUGCAAGGAAUAUGGCUUUUGUUAUGUAAAUAUUUUUUUCAAAUCUAUCUAUCUAUCUAUCGAUCUAUCUAUGAUGGUCGUUGAAGUACAUGCAAAGAUCGUACUGUACUGCGCUGUACAAUUUCAAACAUUUAGUUUGUCAUUGAUUAUUGUUUCAGUUCUUGAAAUUUGACUCUACAACCUUUUUCUUGUGAAAGCCCUCGGUGUUGUGAGUAGGCUGUUGACUGACAGUUGUUUGCUGAUGAUGUCACGAUGAUGAUGAUGAUGUUUCUGUGUUUUUUUUUUGUGAAGAAUGAUGGCUGGUGUGUGCAGGCUUACACAAUGCUCAAGAUAUCAACGUUAACCCCAUCUGUAUCUUCCUCUCGCACACACCCUCUCAUGCUCAACGCGCACGCUUGGAACUAAACAGUACGCCGAACCCACAGGUUGAUAAAAGAAAAGUGUCCACUUCCUCUGGAAUGAGUUUGAUGAUGGACUUGAGAGGCGCUUUAUUGUUAUUAAGAUUGUCAAUGGGAGCAACUGUUUAUACACUUGCACAUUCCCAUGCCAUCUCUCGAUGAAUCCAUCCUCAGCGAAAUCAAGAGCUCUGUUACGUACACAGUAUUUUUAGGGUUAUUCUCUUGAAUGUUACGACACCAUACUGGUACCAAUGCUUUGUGUCUGGGACAGUGGAAUGUGCUCCCACCUUGAUAUUGAUAGUGAGAACAUACCUUAUGUCUGUGUGGGUGUAUGUGAAUGCGAAUUUACCAUGAGGCGUCAUUAGCAUCUGCUCUCUUUAGGGGAUUACGUAGAGAAUGGAUGCAGGAUGCUUUACAUACAGCACACUGAACUAGUCUCUUUUUAAUAUACAGUACCACUGAUAUCUGCCUGCAUCCUCUGCUGCUUGUGUUUCUCCUUCGUAUACUUCUCUGUGAAAGCUUUGCUGAAUAAAGGUUUGGGGUUCUGUGGACAUGGCAUGCACCAUCUAAUAAUUGUCUGUUCUAUUGAAGGAGGGGAAAUGUAAACUGCCAAAUAAAAGAAACCAGUUAUCUACACAUCCUGGGAAUCACA